AUGACAUCUUAUGAGGGGGCAACGACUCAAGAUCCAACAAAGGAAUCCACAACAGUCACGGAAACGUCAUCCUCGAUUACACCAUCUUCGACUACAUCAACUUCGACUACACCAUCUUCGACUACAUCAUCCUCGACUACACCAUCCUCGACUACACCAUCCUCGGCAGACUAUAUAAAUGCAGCAUUAAAUCGAAAAUCAUGCGGAUAUAAAGGACCAAUUUGUGGAGAUGAUCAAUCGUGCUAUAUUAUACCACCAAGAAACUUGACAUGUCAGAAUAGUAGUAAUAGCAGUAGUCCAAGUUGGAAGUUAAAUGCCACAACAUUUCCACCGAUCGAGUAUGCAGGACCAUUAUUUGCUGAUUCGGUGGGAAAACAAUGUGAGAUUCUGCCGAGUAUUGAGGGUGAAGCCGGGGAAUUUGUGAAAUGUUAUUACAAUCUGUUGAUGAAUAUCGGGUCUUGUCUGGACGAUUUUCAAAGCACGCGGUUAUAUUGUAAUGCAUCCACGCAAACAUGUUACAACAAGUUAGAUUCCGGUGCAGAAUGUGUAUCGUCGAAUCAAUGUAAAAGCGAGGAAUGUACGGGCUCUAAUCUUGGGUCAGAUUUGGAACUUUUGGAUAUACAGGAUAGUAAUGUCACUACCACAUGUGUCAACUCGCCAUCGUCCUCAUCAUCCGCAUUCUCAAUAUUGACCGGUAACGGGCGAAAGCCGAAUGCUAGUUAUAAACAGACUUUUCCUGAUGAAAAAAGUGUUAACACUAGCGGUAGUAAUAAUGGAGACGGUAGCACCACAAAUAAUGGACAAGUUGCCGUGAUAGCUGCCUGUGUAUUGAUCAUGGUAAUCUCUGUUAUGUUAAUCAUCUAUGCACGGAGGAUAUUCAAGAGGCAGAUGCUUGAAGAUUUGGAAACGACGGGAUUAGAAAUUGAUGACAAUCAUAAUGGGGAGCAUGGGAAUAAUAAUGGCACAGUACCAAUCUCAUCGAUGGGAUUACGAAUAAGAAGGGGCGCGUCAAUAUUACUGAAUCAUGACUCGAUACGCCGAAGCAAUAGUAUAACCACCCUGCCACCGUAUCAGACUGUCGAGGAACAACCAUCACCCAGCAUAAUGACGUCGAUCACAAAUUGGUUGAUGCCUCCGGGUGAACUUCCACCGCCAUAUGAAGCAAUAGAUUCAUCACAUAGAGAUUCUCAUCAUCAUGUUAGUAACAACAAUACCGAUAAUAUUAACAACGGUAAUGAUGAUCGAACGCCCAGUGUUUUUGUUGACGAUAAUGCAUUAACACACGAGACCGAAUUAACAGCACCAAGCAUACAGGAGGUCCGACAAGGAGUUAUGUUCAUUGAACGAGCGGCGUCCCCAGCACUUUCUGUCACGCCUUCUCAACAUUCGACAUUGUCGGGAAUUUCGGUGUUUCUUUCACCGCCGCAAUCUCCUCCUUUUCCUCCGCCGGAUGUUCUUAUACUUGGUGGAGAAGAGGAUAAAUUUGAUGGUGAAAAUGGGAAUGUUGGGAAUGAUGCUGGAGUGAAUGAUGAGUUGAUUGCACCGAGUAAACAUGGAUCAAGUGAUAGUAAUGCAAGUUCAAAUGAGGAAGAGUAUGGUGAAACUGUUGGGUUGAAUUCAUGA